UGUGGUGAGAUAAUUGAAAGGAAGAAGAAUCAAGAACCCUCUUUCUGUUUGUGUUUGAAGCUGAGAAGAAGCAAUGAGCGAGGUAGGGAAGCGACAAGGUGGGAGAGGAUUACCUGGGCCUCCAAGAGGCCCACCACCACCACUCUCACGGCCUCGCCUCCUUCAAGACCCCGUCGAUCGCGAAAAGACUUGCCCCCUAUUGCUUCGUGUCUUCACUAAGAUUGGAGGUCACCAUACUAUGGAAGACUUCGCCGUCCGAGGUAAGGAGCCUAAGGAUGAGGUUCAGAUUUAUACCUGGAAGGACGCUACUCUUCGAGAGUUAACUGAUCUUGUCAAAGAAGUAGCUCCGGCUGCAAGAAGGAGAAAUGCAAAGCUCUCAUUUGCUUUUGUGUUUCCUGAUAAAAAUGGUCGUUUCAAAGUGGGUAAGACAUUAUCUUUUGGAAAUGGAAGAUUAGAUGACGGCAAGGCUUUAGCUGAACUUGGUUUUGAGAUUGGUGAUUACUUGGAUGUGGCUAUACUGUAGGUUUGUUGUGGAUGGCAUCUCUUUGUUAUGUUUUGGGCUUCUUACGUGUGAAGGCCUUGAAACACUUAGUCUAUUUCAGAAUUAAAAGACUUGUAUUGAUGCAAUGUUGAGUAGUUAAUGUCAAAUGAACUGAAAAAGGUCCAGUUUCUUUUGGUUUCAAAAAUAGAUUGACAAUUUGAUCAGGCAAAAGGCCCGUUGACCCAUUCUACUACUACUGGUAAAGGGGGCAAAAAAGAAAACUGGGGACGAAAAGGAAUUACCACCUAAUGAGUAAUGCCUAUUAUCACUGUCUUGUAUUUUUGUUCCCUGAAGAUAAAAGGAAGGAUAAUGUUAAAUGGACAAUUUUAAGAUAGACCGAAAGCAA